AUGAACGUGCAGGAAUUAUACGAUGGGCCUCCCCUAUUGAGAGCUAUAUUUUUUGGAGACGUGGAAGAAGUUUUAGCAUUAUUAUCUAAAAAAGAAGAUGCUAGUUGGGAGGAUUCAGAACAACGUUCUCUCCUCCAUGCAGCUGCAUACAUGGGAGAUGCAACAAUUGUAGAAAUGCUUCUGUUGCAUGGAGCUGCUGUAAAUGCUAAGGAUAAGAAAUGGUUGACCCCAUUGCAUAGGGCCUGUUGCUCAGGGAAUCAUAAUGUAGUAGGUGUUCUGUUACACCAUAAGGCUAAUGUCAGUAUCAGGGAUCGCAGUUGGCAGGCCCCUUUACAUGUAGCUGCAGCGAAUAAUGCUCUACAAUGUGCUGAACUGAUAGUCCCAUACUUAAGAAAUCUUAAUGUAGCUGACAGAGGCGGUAGAACAAGUUUACACCAUGCAGCCUAUAACGGACACUUAGAAAUGACAGAGUAUUUGAUUCGAAUUGGCUGUGUAAUAAAUGCUUACGAUAGAAAAAAUCGUAGGGCUUUACAUUUCGCAGCAUUUAUGGGACACGAUAAUAUUGUGAAGACACUUAUAACUCAAGGAGCAGAUGUUAAUGUUAAAGACCGAGAUUUGUACACUCCAUUACACGCGGCUGCGGCUUCCGGUAAAGCGGAUUGCAUGCACAUAUUAAUCGAAGCUGGAGCAGACAUCGAAGCGAAAAACGGGUAUGGAAACACACCUCUGCACAUUGCAUGUUUAAACGGCAACGCAGAAGCAGCCAGAGAGUUGAUUUCUAAAGGAGUAAACAUUGAGACUGUGAACUACCAACGACAAACUCCUCUACACAUCGCCGCUGCUAGCCCAAAUGGUGUUCAGUGUUUAGACGUACUUUUACAAGCUGGUGCAAAGAUCAACGUCCGUUCGAAAGAUGGACACACGCCUUUACAUAUGACUGCAAUCCACGGGACAUUUACGCGAUCGAAAAGCCUACUGGAUGCUGGAGCGUCACCAGACACUGAGGAUAAAAUUAAAAAUACUGCUCUGCAUAUAGCUGCCUGGUUCGGUCACGAAUGUUUAACGACAGCUUUGCUAGAAUACGGUGCUUCGCCAGCAGCCCGCAACGCUGAGCUACGUACACCAUUGCACCUGAGUUGCCUAGCAGGACAUAUAGAGGUCUGUAGGAAAUUGUUACAAGUCGACAGCCGCCGUAUAGAUACCAGAGACGUUGGUGGUAGUACACCAUUGCAUUUAGCAUCAUUUAAAGGAUCUGUGGUUUGUCUAGAUUUAUUAUUGUCCAGCGGAGCUAAUUUUCGAUUAACCGAUAAUGACAAUAGGUUGGCGCUUCAUUACGCUGCCAGUCAGGGACAUUAUCUUUGCGUCUUUACAUUGGUCGGUUUCGGAAGUGAUUCGAAUGCACAAGACAUAGAUGGUGCAACCCCUCUGCAUUUAGCGGCAGCAUCGAAUCCUACCGAUUCUGGUGCUCAAUGCGUGCAGUAUCUGCUGAAGCACAGAGCAGAUCCACGUUUACGCGACAAACGUGGCUUCACCGCGAUUCAUUACGCUGUAGCUGGAGGUAAUCAGCCAGCUUUAGAAGCGCUUUUGGAAGCUUGUCCGCAAAUAAACUCAGAGCUGUCAAAUUCCACAGAAAAAGAAGAACCACCGCCACCAGCGUUAACACCGUUACAUCUUGCCGCGUAUUAUGGACACAGUAAAAUAUUAAGUUUACUGCUGCCAUUAUUUCCAAACACUAACAUCAAAGAGGAUUCUGGCAAAACCCCUUUACAUUUGGCUUCCUCGAAGGGUUAUCGACAAUGCGUUGAACUGUUACUAAGACACGGAGCUUUCGUUUCUAUUCAAGACUCCAUUGGAAGACGCACUCCGAUACACUGCGCGGCAGCCGCCGGUUACUAUGCUUGUCUGAUACUUCUUCUCGAAAACGCAGAAGACCCAAGUGUGGUAAACUGUUACGACGCAAAGCAGCGUACUGCUCUGACGUUGGCAGUGGCAAACAGUCAUACAGAGUGCGUCACUUCACUUUUGAAAUAUAAAGCCGAUUGUAAUUUGCCAGAUGUAAACAAACACACGCCAUUAUUUCGAGCAGUGUUUAGCGAACGUGAUCAUCAGCUGGUCAAGUUGUUGUUAUCGCAUGGGGCGCAAGUCGCGGUGCAAGACACAAAUGGUAAAACGCCAUUGCAUUUGGCCGCCGCUUGUGGAAGAGUAAAAGCACUAGCUGCACUGGUCCAAGCAGAUCCCGUCGCGGCCACAUUAAAGGAUGAUCAGGAUUGUACUGUUCUUCAUUGGGCCUGUUACAAUGGGAAUCCCAAUUGCGUCGAGUAUCUGCUAGAACAGAAUGUAAUCGAUACCUUGGAGGGUAAUCCGUUCUCCGCUGCUCAUUGUGCUGUUUAUCAGGGAUCGAUAGAUUGCUUAGAAUUAUUGAUAAAUAAAUUCGGCGGUAAAGCAGUUGCUGCACUUAGAGAUAGCCCGGGCGAUCGUCUGCCUUUGCACAUCACAGCUAGCACGGGAACUAUCGAGUGUGCACGAUUAAUUUUGAACUCCGUCGGCCCGGAAUUAGCUGGAAUAGAGGCUGCAGAUUAUUUAGGUCGAACGCCGCUUCUCUGUGCUGCUGUGGCUGGCCAAUGUGGAGUGAUUGAAUUGUUACUCGAAUGGGAAGCUGAUAUAAGCGCAGUCGACUGCAAUAAGAACACGGCGUUACAUUUAGCGUGUCAAAGACGACAUUCUGCAGCCGCUUCACUGUUAUUAAAUUGGAUAGACACGACGAAUUCGAGCGGGGAAAAUCUUUCGCAAACUCAACAGCAGCGAAUAGCAGUUAUUAACAUGACUAACAAGCAACAGAGGACGCCGUUGCAUUUGGCAGCGAGAAACGGGCUUGUAAAAGUAACGAGACGGUUAUUGCAAUUGGGGGCAAGUGUCGUAGCCGUGGAUGCUGAGGGCCUUACUCCUGCAUUGGCCUGUGCUCCGAAUCGUGCCGUGGCGCGUUGUUUGGCAACUAUACUCGCUGCACACAGUCAACACUGGGAAUCGGCACAACACUCACCAUCCAUUCAACAGACGUCAGAAGUGUAUUUAAAUGGAAGAAGCGGUGACUCGCAACACAGUUCAGAUUCCGAAUUUUACUGA